CACGUGUAGCAGACGAAAAUGUACCGCUGUUUCUGAUGUGCAAGUCUCACAUUAAUGCAAGAAAGCGGAUUUAGCUGUUGUUAGAAGGAAUAUUUUGACUCCGUCAUGGUGGUCAAGAAGAAGACGGCCAAAGUGGAAGCUGUGGUGCUGGACGAUGCUAAAUUGGAAAGACUACGAACUUCCCUCGCUGCUGAGGGAAAUGCCACUGACACGGAUCUCGCUCAGACAUUGUUGGAGUGUCUGGGUUUGACUGACCCGGUCCAGCAGAUCCAGUUGAUCAAGAAGGCUGGUGCCAUGUUGGAGGAUACACCUCAGCCUGAUAACAGCCCGUCACCAGCCCCUCUCCUCCAGGCCAGCGUGGAGGCCCUGUGUGUGAUGUUCAUCUCCGUCCAGGCCAAGAACCCCCUGAAGAGGGCCACUGCCAGCGCUUUGGGAUCAGUUCCAGAGUGGUUGCAGGAGCAGACUGCUGUCUGUCUGUCUGUGGCUCUGUCUGAUGGUCUGUCGUCUUUGGGCUCGGAACACUACACAAACCUCACGGACACGGUCACUUCCUGUUUGGAUCGAUUUCCCAUAGGCGAGAGGUGUAUUCAAAUUCUACAGACAGAUGUGCUUCAGUUCUUCCAGAAAGCUUUAAGUGAACACCUCAAUCUGAACAGGACCCUCUCAGGGCGGCACGUUGUCCAGGCCCAGCUGAUGUACUCCUGCCUGGGGGCGGUGAAGGCCUCUAUGCUGGUACUGCAGAGGACCCAGAAGCUCCUGGGUGUCGGUCUGAAGACGACAGGAUCUGAAUGCCCUCUCCAGCGGGCACUGAGUGGCCUGAUGAACUGCUACACACACAUCCUCACAGACGAGGAGUUUAUUCAGUCAGUGCAGAGUACUGCUGGGAUGGCGGUGGUGUUGCUCAUCAGGUCUGUGACGGAGAACGAAGAGGAUGUGGCCAAAGAGGUUGCAGGUCUGCUACAGUGCACCCAGCAGCGUGAUCUCGAGAGCGCCCCCUCAUGGCUGAGAGAGAGCAGCGCAGGUCUGUACGAGGCGGGUCGCCCGGCGGCGCUGGUUGUCUACCUGUGCCACGGGGCGCUGGCCAUGCUCAGCUGGAAGGGAUGGAGCCUGGGCCCGCAGGCCGAAGCCCUGCUGCUGCUCAUCCCACACGCCAUACUGGAUCUGGACACCAGUGUGAAGGAGUCCAGCACUGCCAUGGUGGUGGCACGCAUACUGACCCUGUGGAGUGGCGCUGCUCUGGAAGCCCUGCAGGGGGCGACGCAACCCCCUCUCCUCUCACCGGCCGUGCGUGGGGAUGCCGCGCUCACAUCCCGCCUCCUGGAGCACGUCUACGCCCACUGGGAGCACCCGCUGGACGGCGUCCGCCACCAGACGCGCUCCCUCUUCCGGAACCUUCUGUCACUCCACCAGGCCUCAGCAGGCCUCGAGAACGACAACCGCGCCCUCACGUCCUCACCUCUGACCUCCGACCCUUACAUCAUGCGUCUGACGCAGGGCCUGCUGGCGCUGGAGUGGCACAUGCGGGGGAAGUACGGCUCGCUGGCGUGCCUGGUGGAGCAUAUGGGCGCCGGGUAUCUGCUGACGCUCGAGCCCCUGCUCCCCACCCGCCUGCUCGGCCUCAUGGGAGACCAGACGCUGGCGCCCUAUGCCAGCGAUCUCCUGGAGAGGCUUUUCAUCAGCCACAAGGCCCAGCUGAGUGAAGGGGAGGCCGGGGAGACGGCUGGGAGUCCAGAGGCAUGGAUGGAGGAGUGGCACCGCAUCUGGGUGCGCCCCCUGCUGGAGGUGCUGUGUAAGGCCAAGCUGGACCAGACCACCUACAUCCUGGACUACUUCCUGCCGAAGCUUCUCCGAUGUAACCCCCCCAGUCUGAGUCACAUGGUACAGGCCCUGCAGGAGACCCCGCCCACUGCUGCAGGCCCAGUAGGCAGUCGUGGUGCAGUUGGUGCCCUGAUGACGUGUCUCCGAGCAGCACGGGCUCAGGGGGUGAUGCGGCCCUCAGAGGAGCGGCUUUGGGGGGGACUAGUGCCCCUCCCUCUCCUCAGACACGCCCUCCUGCACAAACACGACCAGGUGCGUAUGGAUACCCUGGGUCUGGUGUGUGAGAGUCACCGCAGCACAGAGACCACCUCCCCGCAGGAAAUGGACCUCAUCCGCUGCUUCCUGCCCAGCAACCUCAACGGCCAAUCACCUGGAGUCCGCCAGCAGACUGUCAGCCUGAUCAAGAAGCUGUUGUGUAGGUUAAAAGACAGUGCCCAGCUGCUGCAGAGAAGAGUGGCUCAGGAAAAGGUUCCGCAGCAGAAGGAGAAAGACCAGCACAUACUACACUCAUAUAAGGAGUUCCUGUGCUGGUUAUGUGAGACUCUCUUCGGGUCUCUGGCUCCAGGAGCGUCGUUCUCCACCUGUAUCAUGUCUCUUCACCUGCUGGGGCUGGUAGCUGAGCUCCUCUCCUUCUCCACAGGCCCUGAUGGCUUUGCAUUGGGUGAGUGUGUGAGUGAGACACAUGCAGAUUCAGUGCUGUUCUGUCUGGCCAGUAACUUCCUGGAGGUCAAACAGCUUGCCUCUGUACUCAUAAGGAGUCUCCCACACAAAGUCGUUCGUCUGGAGGACCCAGACCGACUCCACUCUCUUCUAGAGGCUUCUCUGGCCCUCAGCACCAGCACGCGGCCCUUCGACAGCGUGACGGCCGCCCACCUCCUCAACCUGCUGCUGCACCAGCCCCACCUGCAGCCAGCCCUGCUCCUCUGUGGCCAGCAACAGGGCAUCCUGCUCCAGCCGCCCCAUCCAGGCGAGCCCCAGGCUUCUGAGCAGGCCUCCACCCUGGAGAGGAACACGUUCGCUCUGGUCCAGUUCCUGCUGGAGUGUCUGAAGGCAGAAGUGGCCCAGGCAGAGCUGUCAUUACUGCAGGCUGCAGCUGUGCGCCCACUGUACGGAAGAGCUCACUGCAUCUCUGCAGCCAUACAGCAGCUGAAUACAGGGUCUCUGGUCCUGGCAUCUCAGUGGCGGUGUCUCGUCCCGGAGCUGGUUGCCGUGUGCUACAGGAUGUCUGAUGUCGUCUCGCCCGUGGUCCAAAGCUCCUCCCCUGAGGGACUCAUUCCCAUGGAUACCGACUCCGUAGAAGCAUCAGCUGGUCUGCAGAGGAUCCUACAGGAGAUCCAACCCAGAGACACGAAUGACUUCUUCAACGACUCCCGCCAACUGGACACACACUCAGAGGAACCACACACACCGGAGGGACCCAUACAAGAAGAGACUAGAGGUUCCGGUGGCGAGGCGUACCGGGUGACGGCUCAGAUGGUUCUGGUUUGUUGUUGGCGGAGCAUGAAGGAGGUGUCCAUGCUGCUGGGAGAGCUCUGCCAGAGUCUUCCCUUACACACGCACACUAGUCACGGACUCAUCACAGAGGAACAGGUGGAGGGUGUGGGUCAGUACUUCCGUGAGCAGCUGCUGCAGUCUCGCCACAGAGGGGCGUUUGAGUUGGCUUAUGUGGGUUUUGUGCAGCUCACAGACAUGCUCUGCAGGAGUGGGAGCAAGACCCUGCAGCAGCUUCCAGCUCACUGGCUGAAGGAGGUUCUGGGGGAGGUGCGCUCAAGUGACCCCUCCUCAAAACUCUGUGCCACACGCCGAAGUGCUGGAAUCCCCUUCUACAUCCAGGCCCUGUUGUCGUCUGAGCCAAAGUUGUCCAGCUGCAGUCUUCUGAAGAUGACUAUGAAAGAGCUGACUGCGCUGGCCAUGCCCACCCAGGGCACUGCCACUGAUGCCAGCACAGUGCCUCAGGUGCAUGCUCUGAACAUCUUAAGGGCUCUGUAUCGUGACACACGCUUGGGAGAGAACAUUGUGCCGUUUGUAGCCGACGGUCUGCAGGCUGCUGUGCUGGGCUUUACCUCACCCAUAUGGGCCGUGAGGAACUCCUCCACUCUUCUCUUCAGCACGUUGAUCACGAGGAUCUUCGGGGUGAAGAAAGGCAAAGAUGAACACUCCAAAAAGAACAGGAUGACUGGCCGGGAGUUCUUCACACGUUUCCCUGCUCUUUACCCAUUCCUCCUCGGCCAGCUUGAGGAGGCCGCCGGCUCUGUGGACAGUGACUCUGGGCAGGUGAAGCUCCAUCCCAGUCUCUUCCUGCUGCUGUUGGUGUUGGGCCGUCUCUACCCCUCCCCCAUGGAUGGCUCCGCUUCUCCACUGGGGCUCGCCGCAUUCAUGCCCUUCAUCAUCAGAUGUGGAUGCAGCGCGGUGUACCGCACCCGAGAGAUGGCCGCUCGCGCCCUGGUUCCUUUCGUUCUCGUCACUCAGAUCCCCGCCACCGUUCAGAACCUCCUGGAACAGCUGCCCCCGCAACCCGGACCCGAGAACCAGCAGAACCACAUCCACGGAACCCUCCUUCAGGUUCUCUUCCUCCUGCGUUCCUACCACUCUGACUCUAUGAAGCCCCAGCUGGGUGCAGACAUCACAGUGGCCCUGCACCAGAGACUGUGGCUGGCCAGCAGACGGAAUCCUUGCCUGGUGACCCGGGCGGUGUGUUUGGACCUGUUAGGGUGUGUGUGCUCACCUGACUUCGGUUUUGAAGAAGACACCCAGCUGCAGUCUCUGCGUGAUGAGAUCAUCUCUCUCCUCGUGGCAUCCGAGCUGGGCACCCCUGGUUGCCGUGGAGAGGACUCCCUCUCGGCCCCCGGGUAUGUUCAGUACCUGCAGAGCUUUGCUCGCCUCGCCUCCAGAGUGUGUGUGGCCCCUGAGAUCACCAAGGACCCGCGAGGACCCCAGCUGUUUGGGCGUCUUCUGCAGUGCCCGCACUACGAGGUGAGAGAGCUGGCUUUAGAGGCGCUGCUGAAGAAGAUGAAGGCAGAAGAGGAUACAGAGGGAGAAGAGUGCCACACAUUGAACUGUGACCCUGACGUACGGAUGCUGUGUAGGAUGGCGAUGCAUGAGACGCAUCUGCCGUGCUUGGCCAAGGUUCUCCAGGUUCUGUCCGUUCUCCCUCUCUCGUCUCUGCUGCCCUGGACUGACGGACACGUCACACUUCCUGACCAGCAGGCCUUGGAGCACAUUCUCAAACUGGCCCAGAAACACACACACAGUGUGGAUCUUUACUGUGCUUCCCUGACGUUGGCCUCACGACUGGUGGUACACCUAGUGGAGAACGCCUCACAGGAGCUGGAUGCAUCUGCAGUGGCGUGUCUCGGUCUGUGGGGGGCGCUGGUGAGGCAGGGUUGUAUGGAGGAUCAGCCAAGUGAAGUCAAACUCAUCACUGCAGACAUGCUGGUGGAGACUACACCCAGCUUAUUGACCAGCUCCACUUUACCACUGGGUAUUUCACACACGGUGGCUUCAUGGCAGAGUCUGUUCACCCUGCUGCAGGAUGAGGAGCAGGCGGUUAGAGACAGAGCCUCCCACUGCAUCUGCAGCAUCCCACAAGACCUGCUCAACGCUGUGCACACUGACGUGGCAGCGGGUGCGGUGUGCCCGCCUGUGGCGCUAAGACUGGGCGUGGCCCUGCUCUGCCAGCUCUUCCAGGUGUGGGAUCAGGUGUCCGUCGGCGUGACGACCCUCACCGAGUGGUUGCUGGGAGACAGCUCGCUGGACGUGAGCGCGGAGGAUGACACUGAUGUGGAUGAGUUCCUGUUCGAGAAGGGCGACCUCAACCUGUGGGCUGAGCCUCUCCAGUGGGCACGGCUGCUGCACACACACCUGGCCUCGCUGGCGUCGGCGGUGGGCGCAGGUGGCAUCGCUCCAGCAGAGUUGCACAGGUUGUCAGAGAUGGCGCAGAAGCAGGCCCGGUCAUCAGAGCGGGCACUGGGGGCACUGCCCGCCCUGCCCGAGUUCUCCGCCAACCUCGAACACGCCAGGCUGAGCGUGCAGAGAGAGCGGGCAGCCCUGGCACUGAGGGUUCUGGGAAAGCUACAGAAGGACUCCCUCUCCAGCUAAGGGGAACCAGUACCCACUGUGUGUGUCCUCACCUACAUGGAUGGUUUUAAACAUGAAUUGCAUUAAUAAAUACAGAGGAUAAAUACCUUUCAUUCAUCUGGACUUUACACACUUCUUAAAGUAUACAUGCACACACAAAGGUAGGUUGAGUCACAUGUAAGCCUUUUGUAACAGGGGCAAGGAAGAGACUAUACAUUAUUCAGAGUGCAUCAAAUCCUCAAUGCCUUGUGCUUAUGUGUUUGAAAGAAAGCUUGUUGUUCAUCAAACGUCUUUUGUUGUUUUCCACAUAUGUAUGGCUCUAUUUAAGUGCAAUUUCAAGAUCAAAAUGCCAUGCCAUGCCAUCUCCCUGGGUCACUUUUUCACACCCUCUGUAAGCAGAAUCGAUGGAAGGGGCAGCCAUCCGAUUUGUUUACAUAGCAGUUUCAGGAAAGGGAAGUGGAAAAACAGGAAACUGCUGCAGUUUCAAUGUGUUGUAAUCUCCCCCUCUGAGUAUGAUAGUAAGUCGCAGACGGUCAGUAAAUGCUGAUUGGGUAGUUUUUUUGUUUUGUUGUUGUUGUUUUUUAAGAGCCAUGUCUGGAACUCUGCGUCCUUCUGCUCAGCGUCUGAGAUCAAGCCUUAGCAUCAGGAAAGUCCAGAUGUGCUCAGGGGAGACUCCUGUGACCUCCCGAGAGAGGGUGUCACACUCUUCUAUUGCUGUUUUAAAACAAAGAUAGAAGGCCUGUGUAGGAAACACCUGUGGUGAACUGUGUGUGUGUAUGUAUGUGUGUGUGUGUGUGUGUGUGUGUGUGUGUGUGUGUGUGUGUGUGUGUGUGUGUGUGUGUGUGUGUGUGUGUGUGUGUGUGUGUGUGUGUGUGUGUGUGUGUGUGUGCAGUGUGUGUCAGACCUGGCUGCAUGUACGCAGGCAAGCGAAGCCCAAAGGACUGUGUUUGUGUGAAUUUCACAAACUGCUCGAAUGCAAAUUGGAGGAAUUGAAACCACCAGCGCAAGGUUUUUUUUUAUUUUUUUUGCAGUGGUUGAACACCAUCAAUCCCUAAGGGGACCAUCUUGUACAAGUCAAUUUAGCAUGCAUCCUAAACCCACUUCAACAAGGGAAAGAUUCCCAUUUCCACAGUGUACUCUGUCACUCAUUUGGGUCAGAUCGGUGUCUGUUCCAGGACAAAUGACUGAAUGAAGCAGCACCUUGCUAACCCACCAGUCGUAUUGUUGACAGUACAUUUACAAAACCAAUGCCUCCUUAUAUAUAACAGAAUGUGGUUGCAAAUUUGACCGUCAUGUACAUGAUGUCGGUUACAUUUUGUGUAUGUAGAUGGCGUGCAAAUUCACACUAGAAGGCUGAAGGUGCUGUAGUUCAUGUUGAGCUCCUCUGAAAGUCGGUUGGUUGGUUUUGAAUACUGAAAGCUGUAUUGUAAAUGAACAUGUCAUGCAAACCAUGUGUCCCUACACUGUUUUUAAUUCAAAUAAAAUGCUGUUUUUUUAUCA